AUAUAUUUAAACUUAUGAAAUAUAUCUAGAUACAUAUGCCAAUUUUCAACAUAAAUUGACAGUUUGGCCGAGUGGUCUAAGGCGCCAGAUUUAGGCUCUGGUCCGAAAGGGCGUGGGUUCAAAUCCCACAGCUGUCACUUUUUUUAUUUUCAUUUUUUCUCAUUUCGUUUCCUCUGUUUUGGGUUGGCGGCUCUCAAGACAUAAGUACUUCAGAGUUAAUAAGGGCCGAAGAGAAGUGGGUCCAUUUUUUUUAUGGGCUUUGCUGUCUUGAAACAAAAUUUGAAGAAGAGAGUUUGAUUUGGUGCAGUAUUUAUCGAAACAUUCUUGAAUCUUCUUGGUUUUGCCUCCAUUCCCUUCCAGUGAUGGAGAAACAUUAGUUUUGUUGGAACUUCCAAAGACAGACAGUGACAAAAACAAAGAGAUUUCAGACAGAAAGAGUGAAAAAAACAAGCAAAAUUCCUUGUUUAUUUCUCCCCCCAACUCCUUCCAUUAUGUCCAAAUUUCUCCCCUUCUUAUAGCUUCUUGCAACUCCACCAUCCUUAGCUUCUUCAAUGCCACUUUUUGUUCACAACUUGACUCUUAAAUCCUAGAAUCCGUUGCAGCCAUGGCAGUAGAUGCCCGGAGAGGGGCAAACCGAAGUCUCGAGACCCUUCUCGACAUCGACAAGGCUGUCGCUGCGAAAGAAACAGUGACGCCGCAGCUGCAGAAGUCGUUGCCAAGGCAGGGCCUUGAGUUCAACAACUUGUCCUAUACUGUCCUGAAGAAGCAGAAAAAAGAUGGGGUUUGGGUAAAAAGAGAAGCUUAUCUUUUGAACGACAUCUCCGGGCAGGCGCUGCGAGGCGAAAUCAUGGCCAUCUUGGGACCGAGUGGUGCCGGGAAAUCAACUUUCCUCGACGCCUUGGCUGGUCGGAUGGCGAAAGGAAGCCUCCAAGGAUCUGUUAGAAUCGACGGCAAACCGGUGACAGCAAGUUACAUGAAGAUGGUUUCAUCUUAUGUGAUGCAAGAUGACCAACUCUUUCCAAUGUUAACUGUGUUUGAGACAUUCAUGUUUGCAGCUGAGGUCAGACUUCCCUCUUCAAUUUCCAGGAAUGAGAAGAAGAAUAGAGUUUAUGAACUCAUUGAACAACUAGGCUUACAGAGUGCGAUGCAUACGUAUAUAGGCGACGAAGGGAGGAGGGGAGUUUCGGGAGGGGAGCGACGGAGGGUCUCGAUAGGAAUCGACAUCAUCCACAAACCAUCCCUCCUAUUUCUCGACGAGCCAACCUCAGGAUUGGAUUCUACUAGUGCUUAUAGUGUAGUUGAGAAGGUGAAGGAGAUUGCUCGAAGUGGCAGCAUUGUCUUAAUGACCAUUCAUCAGCCUUCUUACAGAAUCCAACUGUUGCUCGACCGCAUAACUGUUCUUGCUAGGGGAAGAUUGAUAUAUGCAGGAAGUCCAAUAAACCUUUCUGCUCAUCUCUGUGGAUUUGGAAGGCCAGUGCCAGAGGGUGAAAACAGCAUUGAAUAUCUAUUAGAUGUGAUCAAAGAAUAUGAUGAAUCAACCGUGGGGUUGGAGCCUCUAGUUCUAUACCAACGAAAUGGCAUUAAGCCUGAUCUAGUUGCAAGGACCCCUAUUCCAAAAACACCUCGAACUCCUUACAAGAAGACCCCGAGGUCGGUACCAAAGUUCCUAAGCCUUCGUAGCCAAGCAUUCUCUACAACAUCGGGGCCAAACUCGAGCCAAUUUGAUUCUGCAUAUGCAUAUGAUGACAAUGAAGAUGAUGAUUUUGAUAGGUCUCUUGAACGUAAAUCUGGCAUGAAUAAUCGUAGUGGUGUUUUUAAUCCUCCUUUGGCAUCUCAGUUUUACAAAGAUUUGUCUGUUUGGGUAUAUAAUGGUGUUAAAGGAACUCCCAGUCGACGCCCGUCGUGGACUCCAGCAAGAACGCCAGGACAGACACCAGGAAAAACACCUAUAUCUGGAGCUAGAAGUGUAGUUUCAAGUCAGUUUCCAUCAUCUCAUCAAACUCCUCAGGCAAAGAUACCUUCAGUAUUUAGCAUGUCGAUCGACUCUCAUUUGCCUUCUUUCAAAGAGUUUGACAUUGAAGAAGUUCUUGAUGAGUCAGACCAUGGUCCUAAAUACGCAAAUCCUUGGCUCCGCGAGGUGCUCGUGCUCUCGUGGCGAACAACACUCAACGUGAUUCGCACCCCAGAAUUGUUUCUCUCUCGUGAGAUUGUAUUGACAGUAAUGGCAUUGAUCCUCUCUAGCAUGUUUAAGCACCUUGGCCAUCCUACCUUCAAAGAUAUUAACAGACUUCUUAACUUCUAUAUCUUCGCAGUCUGUCUGGUUUUCUUUUCCUCAAAUGAUGCUGUCCCAACAUUCAUUCAAGAAAGAUUCAUCUUCAUCAGAGAGACUUCACACAAUGCAUAUCGAGCUUCCUCAUACGUGGUCUCCUCCCUCAUUGUCUAUCUCCCAUUUUUUGCCAUCCAAGGCUUCACAUUUGUUGUAAUAACCCAAUUCUGGCUUCACCUGAAAAGCAACCUCUUCUUCUUUUGGAUUACACUCUUUGCGUCGCUCAUUACAACAAAUGCAUACGUUAUGCUCGUGAGUGCGCUCGUCCCAAGUUACAUAACAGGCUAUGCAAUAGUAAUUGCCACCACAGCCAUUUUCUUCCUCACUUGUGGGUUCUUCCUGAAACGAACUCAGAUGCCAAUCUAUUGGAGGUGGCUCCAUUACAUCUCUGCUAUAAAGUACCCAUUCGAAUCAUUGUUGAUCAAUGAAUUCAAAGGCAAAAGAUGCUAUCAAGGGAUCCCCAGCGAUCUUUCCCCCGGUCCAUUGGGAGAUGUCAGGUUUAGUAAGUUGCAUAAUGUUUCUACAGAUCUACAACCCAACUGCAUGUUGAUCGGAGAAGACGUUCUGUUCUCGAUGGACAUUAACAUGGAGAACAUAUGGUACGACAUCGCUAUCCUGCUGGCUUGGGGUGUGCUUUACCGGCUGUUCUUCUAUCUUGUUCUCAGAUUUUACUCCAAGAAUGAGAGAAAAUGAAGCAUGCAUUUUCUUGGAUCUCUCAAGUCUUUUCAAUGCAAAUAAUUUCAAGUUGAAGUUGUAAUGCCCCACCAGAAUCAUUCUUCAGAGGCUGAUCCAAAGCACAGGAAACAGGCCAAGCCACUUUGAGCAAGACAAUGUAAUACCAAAACCAUGUCUGUUUUCAGAAUGUUUCAACUCUGUCUCAACAAAAGCCUACCCAAGUUUUCUAAUUGAGUUGUAAACAGACAAUUUGUUUUUUCUAAUAUCCUUGAAGAACUACCCUUGUUUAGUUUCCCAAAAAAAACCAGAUACUUUGAUUGCAAACUUAAAAUAAGAUGAAUCCACUGCACUGAAACAAAGUGGAGAUAAGAUAACGAUGAAAAGGUUUAAAUGUGUCACAUCAAACAUAUCAAGAUUGUUCUUCGCCAUCGCAAGUAAAAAACUAUCUGAUAUAAUGGAACGGCCCAUGCUCUGAUCUAUUUUUGGUUGAAUGUUCUUUUCUUGUGGGGUUUCUCACUUCUCUCCAUAUUUAAUUAUUUGUUCUCAAAUGACAUGUGAGCACUAAAAAACAGAGUUGAGAGAGAAGAAACAAUAGUGUCAAAAUGUUCUCAGCAUGUGAUGAGUGGGUCCUGAAGCAAGUUGAUUCUCUAUCACGUUUUCAAGUUGUGGAAAGAACAUAUAGGAAUCAUUCAGAAUAGUUUUACAUAAUUCUUCAAAGGGGCAAAAAAAAAAAUCUUUCAAGUAUUUUAUACAACAACAAAAUAUCGUCCCAUUUUCUCUGGGUGUAAAAAAAAAGGCAAUAUUUUACAUAAAUAUGGAGCAACUAAGUUGCAUCUUGUUCGCAGGGUUCUCCAAUAAUAACAGAAACUAACUGCGCUUUUUGAAUUGAACAAGAGAGAAAAA